UUUUUAUAGUUUUCAUAGCUUAAUAAUACAUAAUCCUGCUUCAGUAUCAACUGAAGCUGGUAAACUCAAACAACGUUCAGAGAAUCUAUGUCAGUGAAUGAUGGGUAUGCAACCUGAACAAUGGUUGAUAUGUCCGUGGAAUUCAGGUGAUCACUGGUUGACAAUUAUGAUUCAUGCCAAUACUCAAAGUGUUGCAUAUCUUGACUCGACGAAUGACUUUAUCCGAACUGAUAUUAUGAAAUGUAUCCAAAAAGCUGUGGACAUGUACAGGAUCGAAAAAAAUAUACGAAACAAGGGUCCAGUAAAAAUCAACCAAUACACGUGUCGACAGCAGCCGGAUGGAGUACAAUGUGGUUAUUAUGUUAUGAAGAUUAUUCAGAGUUUCAUGACGGUUGUUAAUCCUGCAAGCUUUUUGAAAAAUAAUUUCAAGUUAGACGCUCCCUAUAGUAACGAGGAGAUCAAUGCCGUACGGGAUGAGUUCGCCGAAUUUGUGAAGCCAUUGAUUAUAGAUUAAGUACUUAAGGUUACUACACUUUUGAUAUAAUACAUGAGUAACAAGUUUUAUGAUUAUUGUUAUCUUUUGCAUAUAUUAUUAGUUUAUAUUUAGUUUACGAUAUACAUGGAAUUUAAGUUUUAGAAUCGAUUUUAUUAACAAUUUUGGUAUUGUGUGAUUAGUUAAUGGAAUCGAUUACUAAUUUAAUAUAA